AUGGAAUAUUCAUGCAUUGAAUUAAACGAUUUACCUGAUGAAAUUCUUAUGAUUAUUUUCAAAAAACUCAAUAAUCUAGAUGUACUUUAUUCUUUACAAGGUGUCAAUCAACGACUAAAUCAAAUUAUUCACCAUCCAAUUUUCACAAGUCGUUUGACUUUUGUUAAAUGGCUCUUACAUAAUUUUAUCGAUCUAAUUUCUUGUGAUACGAUCCUUAAUCGAUUUUGUUUACAAAUUUUACCUGAAAUUCGUCAUAAAAUCAAAUGGCUUGAUCUUGAAUCAUCAUCGAUGAAAUAUAUUUUACGUGCUGCUCAUUAUCCUAAUUUAUAUGGUCUCGGUCUUUAUAAUAUUAAUGAAGAGUCAGCUCGAUGCCUUUUUACUGAUGAAAUUCUUUCAUCUAGUAUUUUCAAAAAUCAAAUUACAACACUUUUUAUUACCCUUCAUAAUAAUAAUAACAAUGAUGAUUAUGACGAAAUGCUAUUGUCAACAAGAAAUAUAUUUGAUUAUAUUUUCACUGUUUUCAUCAAUCUCAUUCAUUUAACAUUCUAUGAAUCAUCGUAUAAAAAUCGUCUUUCAUUAUAUUUUGCUGAACCACCUUCUCGUACAUUUCGUUCUUCAACUCUUUUGAAAUUGAAUGUCAGAAUACAAUCUUUUGAUGAUUGUCUUUAUCUUCUUGAUGGUCGUUUCAAUCAACUUCACACACUCUAUGUUGAUUUGACUCAUAUUCAUCCUCCGCAUGACAUUCAAAAUCAAGGUGAUUUACCAAAUCUAAAGUGUUUUUCUUUAUCUUGUAAUUACGAAACAUAUGAUUACGAUGAAUUAAUCCCACCACUUCUCUAUCGAAUGUCAAAUCUAGAAGAACUCGGUUUGUGUCUUGUGGCCUUUGUUAUGGAAACAUUUAUUGAUGGAAACCAUUUGAAGAAAAACAUUAUUUAUCAUAUGCCAAGAUUAAAUCAAUUUACAUUUUAUAUUCGCUCAUUCAUGUAUACUGGUAAUAAAUUGAAUUUGCUAUCAACCGAAGAUAUUCAACGUACAUUCAUUGACUUUCGAAAUAAUGAAAUUAUCUCUUAUGUUGAUUAUUUUCCACGAGAAGAACUAGGUCGAUGUCACGUUUAUACAUAUCCACCUUUUAUGUCAUAUUAUGGUGACAUUACAAAUAAUUUUCCCGGUGGAUUAUUCAAUUAUGUUCGUGUAGUGUCAUUACGUGAUGAAUAUCCUUUUGAACAUGAUUUUUUUCUUCGAAUUGUUCAAUCAUUUCCAUUUAUGGAAGAAUUAACUGUGAUUAAUCGUAAAUCACAAAAUCGUAAAUACUCUUAUGAAUUAAACAAUGAUAAUCGAAGCUUAUCUCUCAUUGAAUAUUAUUUUCUUCUUGAACUUGAUCUUCUUAAUGUCCAUGAUGAUUAUAUAGAAGAAUUUCUCUUUGAUACUAAAACAUAUUUCCAAAAUAAUGUUCUUCUUCGUAUUAAAUGUGAAUCUUUACAACGAGUAACACACAAUUUUACAAGAGAUACUACACGAAUUAAUUGUGCCAAAAUAAAUGAAUUAGAAUUAAGCGGUGAACCAAUAUGUUCCGAUUCUUUACAAGAAUAUUUUCCUUAUGCAAGAAUAAGUUAUCCACUAAUAAUUUAA